AUGGCCGAAUCUAGUUCAAAUUCUUCAUUCGACUCUCUUACCGAGCAAGAGCUUCAACUUUUGAGGAAGCUCUCAAAGAAAUAUGAACAGAAAGAGUCGAAGGAGAAAAAGGCAGAAGAGAAAACAAAGAAAAGAAAAAUUGAAACGACUACUUCACAGAAACAAGUAGCGAAAGCUCGUGAAAAAGAAAGAAAAAGGAAAAGGGAAGUUAGAAGAAAUAGUGAAAGAAGAGAGGAAAUCAGAAGAGAAAGAAGAGGAAAAGAAGUCAGCAGAAAGGCAAAAGAAGAGGAAGAAGGAACACAGGAAAAGGAAUUAGAAGAGGAGAAAAAAGAAGAAACAGAAAAGGAAAGUACUGUAGAGAAAGAGGAAUCAGAAAAAGAAACAGGAAAGAUAGAAGAGCCGAAGAAGACAGAAAAGGGGAAGAAAGUGGAAGAAGGCAGUGAUGCUGAAACUGAGAAGCUAGAGAUUAGCGAUGAAGAAAAGACAACUGAAGAUAAGACACCUGAAGAUAAGACAGAACAAGAGUUCUGA